GACCACUAGACGCCAUUUUAGAAGAUUCAAGAUCAAAAAUGUCUUCGCAGGUUACGACCUAAAAUCAUGUUUCACAUCAAUGAGGAAGAAAAGAUGAACUCUGCCUGUGAAAUGAGUGUGUCUGAGGAGAGAGAACAGGAGGCUCCUGUUGACGCUCAAAGAGCAGCAUCUCCAGGAUUCAGCUAUGUGUCUAUGAAGAGUAACAUCUCAAUGAUUAUUCCUCCUGAUCUCAGUGAUGUUUACUCUCAGAGAGCAGCAUCUCCAGGAUUCAGCUCUGUGUCUAUGAAGAGUAACAACUCAAUGAUUAUUCCUCCUGAUCUCAGUGAUGGGCCUGCUGUGACCUCUGACCCUGUUCUCAUCAGCAGGAAGAGAAAGAGAGCAGCAUCUCCAGUAUCCAACUAUGUGUCCUUGAAGAGCAACCCACACAUGUUCAGUAAUAGUGCAGUGCCCUUUCACCCUGUUGGUUGGAGAGCUGACCAGAUUAGAAAUGUGUCCUCACAGACCUGCACAUCCUCCUACAUUCAGAACCACUUCAGUCAUCAUGACACAGAAACAGACCUGCAGCUCCAUUCUCACCAACCAGUGCAUGUUGAUCUGCAGAGAGUCAAAGACCAGCACAAGACCAGCAUGAAGAACAAGUAUGAGAGCUUAUUUGAGGGAGUCAAACUACAAGAGAAUCAAACUCUCCUGAACAGGAUUUACACACAGCUGUACAUCAUAGAAGGAGAGAGUGAAGGAGUGAAUGAAGAACAUGAGGUGCUGCAGAUGGAGAAAAGUUACAGGACACUCCAAGACACUCCAAUCAACUGCAAUGACAUCUUUAAUCCUUUACCUGAACCAGGAUAUGAGGAGAACAGAAGAGAGAAGAAAGACAAAAUAAAGACGGUUCUUACUAAAGGCAUCGCUGGAAUUGGAAAAACCGUCUCUGUGCAGAAGUUCAUUCUGGACUGGGCCGAGGGAAAAGCCAAUCAGGAUGUAGAUUUCAUGUUUGUGCUUACAUUUCGAGAGCUGAACUUGAUUAAAGAUCAUCAGUACAGUCUUCACAGACUUCUGCUUGACUUUUAUCCUGAACUUCAAGAUCUGGACUCAAAGAUUUAUGAUGAAUGUAAAGCUGUGUUCAUCUUUGAUGGUCUGGAUGAAAGCAGAAUUUCACUGAUGUUUUCAGACAGUCAGAAAGUUUCUGAUGUGACUCAGAUUUCAUCAGUGGGUCUGUUGAUGUCAAACCUCAUGAGAGGAGAUCUGCUUCCCUCUGCUCUCAUCUGGAUCACCACCAGACCAGCAGCAGCCAAUCAGAUCCCCUCUAACUACAUCAACCGUGUGACAGAAAUUCAGGGAUUCAAUGACCCUCAGAAGGAGGAAUAUUUCAGGAAGAGAAUCAGUGACGAGCAUCAAGCCAGCAGAAUCAUCUCACACAUCAGAAGAGCAAGAAGCCUCCACAUCAUGUGCCACAUCCCCGUCUUCUGCUGGAUCUCAUCCACUGUGCUUCAAAACCUCCUGAAACAAGAUCUCAGUGCAGAAAUCCCUCAAACUCUGACUGAAAUGUACAUCUACUUCCUGCUCAUUCAAACAAAUAUGAAGAACCAGAAGUAUGAAGAGAGAGAUCCAGAGAAACUCCUGCAGUCCAACAGAGAAGUGAUUGUGAAACUUGCUGAACUGGCUUUCAAUCAGCUGAUGAAGGGCAAUGUGAUGUUUUAUGAGGAGGACCUGAGAGAGAGCGGCAUAGACGUCACUGACGCCUCGGUGUAUUCUGGGAUUUGCACUGAGAUCUUUAGAGAGGAAUCUGUGAUUUAUCACAGGAAGGUUUACAGUUUUGUACAUCUGAGCUUUCAGGAGUUUUUUGCAGCACUGUAUGUGUUUUACUGCUAUUUACACAAGAACAGUGAGGUUCUGAAAAUGUUCCUGACAGGAAAGUCCAGAACUCAGUGUGAGGAUGUUCCUCUGAAUACGUUUCUGAAGGGAGCAAUGAAUAAAGCUUUGAAGAGUAAAAAUGGACACCUGGAUCUUUUCCUUCGAUUUCUUCAUGGCAUCUCACUGGAGUCCAAUCAGAGACUCUUACAGGAUGCACUGAUACACACAGAGAACAACCCAGAGAGCAUCAAGAACGUAAUCCAAAACCUCAAACGAGGUCAAAAAAACAAUGUCAGUCCUGAAAGAUGGAUGAAUCUGUCACACUGCUUGAUUGAGAUGAAGAAUAAUUCUGUUGUUGAGGAAAUGCAGGUAUUUUUAACAUCUGGAAAGAAAGAAAAAAAUCUUACUCUUGCACAAUGUUCAACUUUGGCAAACAUGAUCCUGAUGUCGGAGGAGGUGCUGGAGGAGUUUGACCUAAAAAACUACAAAAUCAAGUCAUCAAAAGAGGGUCGAUGGAGACUGUUACCUGCUGUGGGGAACUGCAGAAAAGCUCUAUUGGCAGACUGUCAUCUCUCUGAUCAGCACUGUGAAAUCCUGUCUUCAGCUCUACAAUCAUCAAACUCUUCUCUGAGAGAGCUGGACCUGAGUAAAAAUAACCUGCGAGGUUCAGGAGGGAAGCAGCUCUGUGCUGGACUGAAGAGUCCUAACUGUCAACUCAACAUACUGAGAUUGUCAAGCUGUCAUCUCUCUGAUCAGCACUGUGAAAUCAUGGCUUCAGCUCUACAAUCAUCAAACUCUUCUCUGAGAGAGCUGGAUCUGAGUAACAAUGACCUGCAAGAUUCAGGAGUGAAGCAGCUCUGUGCUGGACUGAAGAGUCCUAACUGUCAACUCAACAUACUGAGAUUAUCUCAGUGUUUGGUGACAGCAGAAGGUUGUGCUGCUCUGGCAUCAGCUCUGCGUUCAAACCCCUCACACCUGAGAGAGCUGGAUCUGAGCUGCAAUCAUCCAGGAGAUUCAGGAGUGAAGCUGCUCUCUGAAACACUCAAACAUCUGGACAAACUCAAUGUGGAUCAUGGAGGAGAGUUCAGGAUCACAGCAGGACUCCACAAAUACGCCUGUGAUCUCGCACUGGAUCCAAACACAGCAAACACUCGACUCGUUCUGUCUGAGGACAACAGAAAGGUGACGUGUGUCUCUGAGCCACAGUUAUAUCCUGAUCAUCCGGACAGAUUUGAUGAGCCUCAGGUUCUGUGUUCAGAGAGUCUGACUGGACGCUGU